UAUUGUAGAUAACCAUAUUGCCGUAUGCAAACCUGUGUUCAGUGUUGUGAAUGAGGUCAGAGAUACUUGCUUCCGUUGUCGCUGGAAUCUGAUCCACAGAACUCGUGCCACCAGAGGAUGCUACUAUAUCGCUUGUCUCAAGGCUGUACAUAGAUAAACCUUGAGAGAUGAGUAGUGAAACAUACAAGAAGACCGAAGACGUAGAAGAUAGGUUAGAAGUGAACCUCGGUGUCCCUGAGAAGCAACCUCGAGACCUCGGUAUCCAUAAGGUCGUGUUCACCGGUCACGGAGAAACUGCAGAACCUCCGAUGGAAGGAUGCAUCAAGCCUGCCAUGGAAGCUAUAACAAUAGUACAAGAUGACCAUUGCCAAUGGGACAAAGAAAUUGAAGCGAGAAACCGCAGCGUCAGACGAAGGAUAAUCAGUUCCAGUGUGAUAUGUUUGCUCUUCAUAGGGAUGGAGUUCGGCGGCGGGUUGCUGUCCAACAGUCUGGUGAUUGCUGCGGAUGCCACGCAGCUGCUCACGGUGUUCUCGACAUUGAUGGUGUCCUUGUUUGCCCUGGAGUUGUCAAGCCGUCGCUCCAACAAGGCCCGGCCGAUCACCCUCUCAUGGUACCGCUUCGAGGUGAUGGCAGCGCUCUUCUCAGUUCUUCUCACCUGGGUCCUGUCGAGCGUCGUGCUGUACCUCGCCUUUGACCGUAUCGUCACCGGUGACUUUGUCCUUGACGUUGACAUGAUGCUGGCCACAUCCGCCUUCGGAGUCGUCGCCAACCUUCUGAUGGGAAUGGCUCUCCACAACAACUGCCAAGCAAGGGGUCAAGGUGGAUGCCAAGGUGCUUUGAAUACCAAUGUUCGUGCCGCUUUCAUGCAUAUCGUCUUUGACUUCAUGUUCAGUUUGGGUGUGUUCGUCACAGCCUUGUUCAUUGACUGUUGCCCCGACUGGCAUAUCGUUGACCCGAUCUGCACGUUUGUCUUUUCCAUAUUUGUGCUACUGAUCACUCUGGCACUGUUGAAGGAUAUUCUAAAUCUUCUCAUGAAUGCGAUGCCGAGGGGCAUCUACCUGGACGAGGUAUUGAAGACGCUGCUGACAACGGAAGGAGUACAACAGGUAGACAACAUGAAGCUGUGGGUUGUCAGCCUUGAUAAGAUCGCACUUUCGGCUCAUCUGACCAUCCGGCCUGGAGCAGAUCACAACGAGGUCCUCAAGAAUGCAUCUCGCAAAAUCCACGCUAAGUACAACUUUUAUGAGAUGACUCUCCACAUAGAGGCCUUCCAGGACAACACUGCGGCGGAACCCCAGACCCCACCUCCAGAAACAGAAUAGCACUCUUCUUUUCAAUACCAGUGGCUUAUAUCCUUUUCACGCAAGAGCCAACAAUAUUGAAACAAACAUGAAAUUGUACCCCGUUUCAGCAUUAUUAAAUUACACAUUACAAGUCAUUAUCCAAGUGUGGAAAGGUAGCAUAGUUACAAUCACACUCUUUCUGAGUAUUUUUACUCGGAAAGGGUGUGAUUACAGUACAGUACAAUUACAGUCCUGGUAAUUUCCAGAAGCUUCUAUGGUUUACUUCGUACUUUGAGGGUGAUCAAAUACAGUUGGACCACAUAUCAAAAACUAAUACUAAUAUAUUUAAAAAGAUAAACAUUUUUCAAAUGCAUAUAAUUAAAUUUUUAAGCAGACAUAACUACAAUAAAACUUUACAAUCAAAAGUAAAAGAACAAUUUUACCAUUGUAAUAGGUUCAAUCUUUACCAUUGUUUUGUAGUAAAAAUUCAAAUACUAUCAACAGUAUUGUUGGCUCUUAAUAUUACGUGAUGUUUUAACCAUUUAGCUUGAUUUGAGUGCAAAUUAAAGUAAUGAUUAUCAA